UCUUUCCCUUUGCAUGCCUAGGAUUGCUACCUAAAACUGCCUCCAAUUUUCCCCCACCAAAAUAUUUUGGAACAAAAAGAAGAAAGAAGAAAAAAAGAUAAGGACAAAACAUCAGAAGAAGAAAAACAAGUUAUACUUUGGCUAGCAUGUUGAAGCAUAGAAUAACAUGCAAUUCACAAUGCUUACCUUAUCUUUUGCCUUACUUUCCCAGCCAUAAUAACAUCUCAAUUAGAACUGCUGUCAGCUUUCACUCUUCCUCCUCCACCACUGCUCGGAAAUCGAGAGCCGGACGGUCACUGGCAGCCGUAUUUAGCCGUGCAAGGAGGAGAGUUAUAUACGAUAAUGAUGACGACGAAGAAGAAGAUGAUCAAGAAUAUGGACACAAUACAGAAAUAGCAAUGUUAGAGUUUUAUAGUCAAUCGGUGAGAAAUGAAGCUCUUCUUGUGAAAGCUGUUGUGAAUGAGGAAGAAGUGGAAGUUUUAAUAUUCAAAGGUUUUUCUUCUUGUUUGAGUUAUGGGACUUGUCCAGAUCCAUCAAAGAGUGUGCUUCCAGCUAGGGCAGUGAUAAAAUGUAUAGACAGAAUAAAAGGACCUUUUGAUCCUUCUAACAUUGAAUAUUUCGAGAAAGGAUUAACUGUGGAGGACAUCAAGGCUAGGGUUCUCCCAAUGGCAAAUUAGGUAUAUUCGUAAAAGCGGAUCCAGAAUUUGAAUUUUACGGGUUCAAUAUUUAAAGUUUUUAGCAUUGAAUUCAUUAUAUUAUAAAGUUAUGGGGUUUAUAUCUGAGUUAGUACUAUUUAUUAUAAUUUUCGUAGUUUUUUACCUAUACUAUUAUGUUCCGCGUCGAAAAUACUGUACUGAAUUCAGAUGAACCCCGGACCAUUACAUUAGCUUGCCCCCUGCUGCCUAGGGAAAGUUCAAAUUCAAUUUGCAGUUUUUGUAUGCCUAAAUUUGACACUAACAUAUACUAUAUAUUUUAAAGUAACCUUAUUGCAUUUUGGAUA